AUGAAUAACUUUAUCACACUUUUGUUUGCUGUAUUCUCAUUCACGAACUUUUUGAGAGUUUCUUCACUUAGAAUCCUUACUCCAAAUCAAAAUGAUACUAUAUUUGCCAAUCAAUUAAUGUUGAUUACUUGGGAAGCAGUACCUACUGAUCCAUUAUCAUUUGAUAUUCAAAUAAGCAACAAUAAUUCAAAUCUUUAUCCAAAUGGUUUGACAAAUUAUCUCAAGAAAUCACAACCUGCUUAUAUUGGAUAUCUUAGUAUAUCUAAUUUAAGUUCUUUGGUUAAUGGGUCUGGUUAUGAGAUUCGUUUCUUAUCAAUGGAUACUUCUACUAUUCUUAGUCAAUCUCCCAAAUUUAAUGUUUAUAAUUCUAUCUCUAAUGGGUCUGGAAAUAGUUAUAAUAUCAAAAACUCGUCUACUUCAGGUUAUGAUCAAGAAAAUGAAGCUUCAACAACAUUUGAUCAAUCUUCUAUUUAUCUCCUUUUGUUCUCUGCACUUUUCGUUCUGUUUAUUUGA